AUGUACACUUACACACCCACCCACCGCUUCCUGGUCCUGUCUGCCGCUGAGACUGGUCCUUACAACCCUGCCAACAAGUUCCUUGUCUUGUCUCCCACCGAAUCUGGCCCAGACCCUCGUGCCUGGGAAGACCUGUCACUACUUGAGACCAACUCAACUGAGCAAAGCCCUGAGUUGGCUCCUGCCAGCCGUGCUCGCACCAAUAGCUCCCUCUCUACCAACUCUUCAGUCUCCCUCAAUGACUUGACAACGACUCUUCCCAAUGGGUUCCUCUACCUUGGCCAUGGCAAGAAGCAGCACUAG